CCUCGUAUUUCAUAUUUUUCAGAAGCAACACAACUAGAUCUUUAACAACAUCCUCAAACAUUUGAAUUCGAGCACUUUCUUCUUCUUCUCUUAAACUCAAAAAAUAUGGGUUUUCAUUUCCCAGGAACUAAAAGGUCUUCAUUUGGUGCAAAAAUGGCUUCUUCAAAAUCUGGUGAUGUGCCAAAGGGAUAUGUUGCUGUAUACAUCGGGCACAAAAUGAAAAGAUUUGUGAUUCCGAUUUCGUACUUGAAUCAACCUUCAUUUCAAGAAUUGUUAAGUCAAGCUGAAGAAGAAUUUGGAUAUGAUUACGUGGGUGCCAUCACUAUUCCAUGCAGAGAAGAAAGCCAAAAAUCUAAACAUUACCAAAUGGGUUUUCGUUUACUUGGUAUUAAAAGAACUUCGUUUAUGUCCAGUGCAAGAGCUUUGAAAUCUGUGGAGGUCCCAAAAUGCUAUUAUGCGGUAUAUGUUGAAGAGAGAAUGAAGCAUUUUGUGAUCCCCAUAUCAUACUUGAACCAACCAUCGUUUCAAGAUUUUCUGACUAAAGCUGGGGAAGAGUUCGGAUAUAGCCAUCCAAUAGGUGGCCUUACUAUUCCUUGCCGAGAAGAUGUAUUCUUAGAUAUUACUUCUCGGUUCAAUGGGCUAUGA